CCAAGCAGCUCUCCUUUCACUCACACCAUUCAAAAGCUCUCACAUACCAUCCAUCUGCAGCCUUCUCCUUUUUUUUCCAAACUGUUCAUUUCGUUCCAUAUCAAUUCCAUCAAAACAUUCACAAUGUUCGCGGCCAACAGACUCAGCGGAGCCAUCGCUCGAACCAGCAAGCCCCAGACGACCCGUCUGAUGUCCACUAUCCGGGCCCCGGCACGCAUUCAGAGCUCAAUCAUCAGCAGCACCCGCCAGCCCAUCGCCAAGCAUGGCCUGUUGAUGAACAGCGCCCGCGGCAACAUCAACUCGGUUAUCGCACGCAAUGCCAUGCAAUCGCGUGGCGUCGUCGCCGAGACGGCCGCUGCUGCCAUGAUUGCUGCCGCCAAGGCUCAAGGUGCCGGUCUUGCCACCAUUGGUCUGGCCGGUGCUGGUGUUGGUAUCGGAACAGUUUUCGGUGCCCUCAUCCAGGGUGUCGCUCGCAACCCAGCUCUGCGUGGUCAGCUUUUCAGCUACGCCAUUCUGGGUUUCGCUUUCUCGGAAGCCACUGGUCUUUUCGCCCUCAUGGUUGCUUUCCUGCUCAUGUACGUCUACUAGAGCUUCGGCACCUUGGACAUUUCAAGAAGAGGCAGGCAUUUCGUCGAUGCUCGAGGAUCUCGAAAAGGCCCACAGACUGUCGUCACCGCCGAUUCGAGAUGGGUCCAGCCUAAAAAGUUUGGAAUCUGGGGAGAUCCUUGUAAAAUAUUUCGGGAGGGAAGUGGAGUUUAGAUGUGGACGAAGCCUUAGAUUACGGGUUCGUUUGAUGGCUCGUGCUCUACCGUUAGGGGCUGGGCAUUAUUAAACUCGAAAAGAAAUAAACGCUCGGCAAGCAAUGGACAAUUUCCUUGCGUCUUCCAGAAGCAUUUUUUUUUUUCGUCUGUUCCACUGAUAUCAAGAGAUCUAUCCAAGCUUUCUUUUCGUACGAAUGAUGUUCUUAAUACAGCCACCGGUGGUCAAAGGGAGACAUGGCUCAACUCGAAAGAUCAACGGUCCUAACCCUGAAAAAUUUUACCUCUCAUUUCGAUUAUCUGUGCGAUGACGUCCCACGAUCCGGCAAAAUUGGCCCUUGCCUUUUCUGGCCAAUUCUUGGCAAAUCUUUAGAUUCGUUUACAAGCGAAAACGUUUCGCUAGGCUUUUUUAGAAUUCAUCACCAACCCUGACAGUCGUUUCACCUUAGUCGUUCAAGCUCGCAGAGAUCGUUCCCAUGACAGGAACAAUCCGGGGGAAACCUUCGGCACAACCCGUUUACAUGGGUCUACAGUCUACAGAAGCAGAUGCGACUCAGUAACUUUGGUCACACCGGUCACCGGUACAAUGCCACGGCACGUUGACUUACUCGGUACCUCCGGAUAUCAUCAGGCUGAACACUUGUUGCUGCCGCCCGCGUGUGUCGUGGUCGCUGUCGGAUUGCAGGAGUCACUUUCGGAAAUUCGUGUUUUGUUGGCCAUUGUCGACCUGUAGAGUAACUUCAGCUGCCUUUUCUGCACGUUGGGUCUGGCUUUGGAAAACUGUGCUGUGCAGGUCGACAGUAUCUCGCUACUAUGUGAUGCAUGCAAGCUUUCUCGGAUACUCAGGCGCAUCCCGUGGGCAUCUAGCUGCAAGAAAUGUCAACUCUCCAUGAUUAGCCGCUCUACCAGCUGGGUGACUUGGUCCAAUAACUGGAGGACAUGCACAAAAACGAACAGGGGCAGUUGAUGGCUGAUCCGUUCAAGCUGUGUAACAAAAGGAGACGAGAAUAUCAACGAAUAUGCAGCUGGUUUUGACUUGAAGAGGAAAUUGAGUAACUUGCACAACGCCAACGAAAAGGGUCAAGAAUCGGAUAUAGUCUGAGCAGGUCUGGUUCUGGC